UGAGCAGCACCCACUUCCACUCAGUCGACGCGCACCGCUCUCAUUGUGCGCCCGAUACCCGCUUAGAAUUCAGCAAAAAUAAUAAAUGCAAACAUGAAUAUACUUCGCGUUCCGUGUUUUGUGCUACUACUCGCGGUGAUCGUUUCAUCGGCAGACUUAGGAAAACCUCAUCCACUCUCUGAUUCUUUUAUAACUAUAAUAAAUUCCAAACAAAACUCAUGGAUAGCUGGACGGAAUUUUCCACCUCAAACGACAUUAACGACGAUAAUGAAAAUGAUGGGGGCACUUGAAGAUGAAUUUAUUGCAAAACUGGAAAACGUGCAACAUGACGAAGACCUCAUUGCGAAUUUACCUGACAAUUUCGACCCCAGAGACAAAUGGCCAAAUUGUCCAACUUUAAAUGAAAUAAGAGAUCAAGGUUCCUGCGGCAGUUGUUGGGCUUUCGGAGCAGUGGAAGCAAUGACCGAUCGAUACUGUAUUUACUCAAACGGAACAAAGCAUUUUCAUUUCUCCGCCGAGGAUUUAUUAAGUUGUUGUCCUAUUUGCGGUCUCGGUUGUAAUGGGGGUAUACCAACAUUGGCUUGGGAAUACUGGAAACACUUUGGUUUAGUUUCAGGGGGAAACUACAACUCGACUCAGGGCUGCAGACCAUAUGAAAUAGCUCCUUGCGAACAUCAUGUUCCAGGCGAUAGAAUGCCGUGCAGCGGAGACACUAAGACUCCCAAAUGCUAUAGAACAUGCCAAUCUAGUUAUAACGUCCUAUACAAAAAAGACAAAAAAUACGGAAAACAUGUAUACUCUGUAAGAGGUGGCGAGGAUAAUAUAAGAGCUGAGAUAUUUAAGAAUGGACCUGUUGAGGGUGCUUUUACUGUGUAUGCUGAUUUACUUUCAUACAAGAGUGGUGUUUACAAACAUGUAGCAGGCGACGCACUCGGAGGUCACGCUAUUAAAAUUAUGGGAUGGGGAGUUGAAAAUGGAAACAAAUAUUGGCUUAUUGCAAACUCCUGGAAUUCCGAUUGGGGAGACAAUGGCUUCUUCAAAAUUCUUCGCGGAGACGAUCAAUGUGGGAUUGAGAGUUCUAUAAUUGCUGGUGAACCGCUAUUUGAAUAAUUAUCAUGAAGAAUAAAUAAAAAAAUGUUAUAAGUUAUAAGCUAAUUAAAUUGUUAAAAUAUUUCUUGUUCGAAUAAUAAAAUGUGUUUUGCAUUACGUCCAUUAAAGACAUGUCAACAAUUUGCUGAUGUAAUUUACUAUCUGAAUAUGAAAUUUUAUGAACGAUUUUUUUUUAAAUAUAUAAUAAUGUUUUAUA